AUGGGUGAAAAGAAACCAGAGCCUUUGGCCUUCGUGAAAGAUUUCCAGGAAUACCUGACUCAGCAGACCCAUCAUGUCAACAUGAUUUCUGGAUCAGUUAGUGGGGACAAAGAAGCAGAGGCUCUUCAGGGAGCUGGAACAGAUGGUGAUCAAAAUGGACUUGAUCACCCAUCUGUUGAAGUUUCCCUGGAUGAAAACUCAGGAAUGUUAGUAGACGGGUUUGAAAGGACCUUUGAUGGGAAGCUCAAGUGUCGGUACUGCAACUAUGCCAGCAAAGGCACCGCACGGCUCAUUGAACACAUUAGAAUCCACACAGGUGAGAAACCUCAUAGAUGUCACUUAUGUCCAUUUGCAUCUGCUUAUGAGCGUCAUCUGGAAGCCCAUAUGCGUUCCCAUACAGGAGAAAAACCAUAUAAAUGUGAAUUGUGUUCCUUCCGCUGCAGUGAUCGAAGUAACCUGUCCCAUCAUCGAAGGCGCAAGCAUAAAAUGGUACCAAUUAAAGGUACUAGGUCUUCCUUAAGCAGCAAGAAGAUGUGGGGGGUUUUACAGAAGAAAACAAGCAAUCUGGGCUAUAGCAGACGAGCACUAAUCAACUUAAGCCCACCUUCCAUGGUGGUUCAGAAGCCAGACUACCUUAAUGACUUUACCCAUGAAAUCCCGAAUAUCCAGACUGACUCCUAUGAAAGUAUGGCAAAAACCACACCAGCUGGUGGCCUGCCAAGGGACCCCCAAGAACUCAUGGUUGACAACCCUUUAAACCAGCUGUCAACUCUAGCAGGACAGUUGUCCAGUUUGCCACCUGAAAACCAAAACCCUGCAUCCCCUGAUGUAGUUCCCUGCCCUGAUGAGAAGCCUUUCAUGAUGCAGCAGCCCUCUGCUCAAGCAGUAGUUUCUGCCGUGUCAGCCAGUAUUCCUCAGAGCUCCUCUCCCACUAGCCCUGAAGCUCGGCCAUCACAUAGUCAGAGGAACUAUAGUCCGGUGGCAGGUCCGAGCAGUGAACCAAGUGCUCACACGAGUACUCCCAGCAUGGGAAACAGUCAGCCAAGCACUCCAGCUCCGACCCUGCCGGUCCAGGACCCUCAGCUUCUACACCACUGCCAGCACUGUGACAUGUACUUUGCCGACAAUAUCCUUUACACUAUUCAUAUGGGAUGUCAUGGGUAUGAAAAUCCUUUUCAGUGUAACAUAUGUGGAUGCAAAUGUAAAAACAAGUAUGAUUUUGCCUGUCAUUUUGCAAGAGGGCAACAUAACCAACACUGA